ACAAAUUCGAGCACCGCCCCCACAACAAGUACGGCGAAAAUCUGUGGAUGGUGGGCGGCUCUGAUCAGUUUCUUCAUCCUCACGGCGAUGUUCCAGUAAACUCGUGGUACUCUGAAAAGUCCAAGUACCACUGGUUCGGCAAGGAGCCGGACAUGAAGAACUUCCACGAGUGGGGCCACUUUACGCAGCUGGUGUGGAAAGGAAGUCAUUCAGUGGGCGUCGGUUGUGGGCGUGCUGGUAAUCGCCUGGUGGUGGUUGCCAAUUACAGCCCACCGGGAAACUAUGCAGGACAGUAUCAUAGUAAUGUUUGA